CCGAUGGUCCAUCUCACAGUGACGUCGCUCACGAGUCCCGGCUUGCCCUGCGUCUGAGUCAUAUCAUUAAGACGAGCAAUUGGACAAUGAAGAUCCCAGUCGUGAAGCGUUGUUGCUGCGGGUGCAUGAGCAACAAGAAUGGGAGCAUCGCCAUCGGAAUCCUGAUGCUGAUCAUAUCUUCAUCUAUAUUCGUGACGGACCUGCUUGAAAUGGCCGGAUACACGAAAAGAGCACAAUACCACGCCCAUCUUUCAGGGGAGGGUUGGGGCUAUCUGCUCAUGCAAUUCGAAGAAUUUACUCGGCCCAACAUCUUCGAAAUGGUCCUCUUACCCCUGUCCAUCAUUCCUGAGGCCCUUCUCAUCCACGGAGUUCGGAAGAGGAAGAGGAAAUUGCUGAUACCCUGGCUGUUUCUGGAUUUCCUGGCCCUGACGGCAUCCCUGAUACUUUUACUCGUCAUCUUCCUUGUGCUCGUCGUCCUACUUGUUAUGAUGAUGAAUAUUCUCAUUUUCAUCCUAUUCAUCGUUGGAAUCGUCGCUGUUUUCCUUGCAUAUUACGUUGCAGUGCACUUCUUCCUUGUCGUCUACUCCUAUUUCAAGGUGAGUGGAUGUCACGUUUAA